GAAGAAAUCGGAUUCAGAAUCGGAGUUCGAGUACGACGAGGAGUCUUCGCCAUUCUCCGCGUUUGGUACCGGCGACGGCGGACGGUUAGGUUCAUGAUCGGUGACGGAAAUCUCCGGCGGGCUGCUGUUCAUUAUGCAGAUUUUCUUAAGGGAGAAAAGGCUGAAGAUGAAGGAUCCUGCAAGGCAGCUUCUUCCCCUCCUCGUGAAAGUACUGACGGCGGCGGUGGCCUUCGCCGGUGGUGGCACCAGCGUGGGAGUUCCGGCUGGGAUCGCCGGAGUUCAGCCGCUGGCCAUGAUCGCGAUCCACAUGGCGUCGCUGGAGCUUGACAGGUCAGCCUCCAUCAAGGUUUCGCCUAAUCUGCUUGGUCUCCAGAAAGAUGAUACUGAAUGGGUAAAAGUAGAGCUUCAUAGUCCAAAACCCAGCUCUGAUGAUUGGGUUGGAGUGUUCUCCCCAGCAAAUUUCAAUGCCUCUACUUGUCCAACAGAGGUCGGCAAUAGCAGAGAACAAGAACCCUUGAUUUGUUCAUCGCCAAUAAAGUACCAAUUUGCAAAUUAUUCAAAUGCUGAGUACAUCAAGACUGGGAAGGCAACUUUGAGAUUCCAAAUGAUCAAUCAGCGUUCAGACUUUUCAUUUGCACUGUUUAGAGGUGGCCUUGCAAAUCCAAAGCUCAUUGCAGUUUCAAAUACUGUCUCCUUUGCAAAUCCAGAGGCUCCUCUCUAUCCAAGGCUGGCUCAAGGAAAACUGUGGAAUGAGAUGACUAUAACAUGGACAAGUGGGUAUAAUAUAGAUGAAGCAUUACCCUUUGUAGAAUGGGGUCCAAAUGAUGGCCAUCAGACAAGAUCUCCGGCUGGCACAUUAACAUUCAGUCGUAAUGACAUGUGCGGUUCUCCAGCAAGAACAUUUGGAUGGAGACAUCCAGGUUAUAUCCACACUAGUUUCCUUAAAGAAUUAUGGCCAAACACAAUGUAUAGUUACAAGCUUGGUCAUCAACUCUUCAAUGGAAGUUAUGUAUGGAGCAAGGCUUAUUCGUUUCGAGCAUCUCCUUAUCCAGGGCAAGAUUCGUUACAACGUGUCAUCAUUUUCGGCGAUAUGGGAAAGGCAGAGCGAGAUGGUUCGAAUGAGUUCAGCAACUACCAACCAGGCUCACUGAACACAACAGAUCAGCUAAUCAAGGAUUUGGAUAACAUUGAUGUUGUCUUCCACAUUGGAGACAUAACAUAUGCAAAUGGAUAUUUGUCUCAGUGGGAUCAAUUUACAGCACAAAUAGAGCCCAUAGCAUCUGCAGUUCCUUAUAUGAUUGCAAGUGGUAAUCAUGAACGUGAUUGGCCAAAUACAGGUUCUUUUUAUAAUACUAUGGAUUCUGGGGGAGAGUGUGGUGUAUUGGCUGAAACAAUGUUCUAUGUUCCAGCUGAUAAUAGAGCUAAGUUUUGGUAUUCAACAGAUUUCGGUAUGUUCAGAUUCUGCAUAGCAGAUACAGAGCAUGACUGGAGGAAAGGCACUGAACAGUACAAGUUCAUUGAACAUUGCUUGUCAACGGCUGACCGGCAGAAACAGCCAUGGCUGAUCUUCUUAGCACACAGAGUCCUCGGCUACUCAUCCGAUUCCUGGUACGCAAAAGAAGGAACAUUUGCAGAACCUAUGGGAAGGGAAAGCCUGGAACUUCUAUGGCAGAAAUAUCGAGUGGACAUUGCAUUAUUUGGCCAUGUUCACAAUUAUGAAAGAACAUGCCCAGUUUACCAGAGUCAAUGUGUUAAUAAUGAAGAAUCGAAUUAUGUUGGUACAAUGAAUGGGACAAUUCAUGUGGUUGUAGGAGGUGGAGGAAGUCAUCUUUCAGAAUUCAGCAAUGUUCAGACUGCUUGGAGCUUGUACAAAGAUUAUGAUCAUGGCUUUGUUAAGCUCACUGCAUUCAAUCAUUCUUCUCUUCUAUUUGAAUAUAAGAAGAGUAGUAAUGGUAGAGUAUAUGAUUCUUUUACUAUCUCAAGGGAGUAUAAAGAUGUUUUGGCUUGUGUUCAUGAUAGCUGCUCACCAACAACAUUGGCUUCAUAGAAAGAAUAAAAAAAAUAGUUGAAAUAAGAGAGGCUUCAUUAGAGAUUUGAUAUCAAGCUUAGGCUUCAUUUGGGAUGGCUUUUUUACUACUUCUUAAACAGUUUUGUAGUACAAAUAUUAAAACUUUUGUACUAAAAAUUUUCUUUAAGAAGCAAUAAGAAAGUCACCAUAAAUGAAGCCUUAGUGUUCAUAUAUGGUAGAGAUUUUUCUUUGUAGAAGAAGCCAUGUUAAAUUGAAGGAAUUAAUUUCAAGAAGCUUAUACUUAAAUUUCUUAACGAAGAUAUAUGGUUUUGGUUCA